UGGGUUAGUUGGUCCAACUUGACGCCGCUGGGCUGCAUCUGGCUGUCGUGGCUCAUUGAAUCGAUGAUCGGACGAGUUGUGAGUCGAUAACGUUGAAAGUGACCCGCGGGACAAAUGGCGCAUGUUCUGGCCGCGCUCGUGGCCGCGGUGCUGCUCGGUUCGGAGGCCUGCGGGAAGACGGUGACGGGACUUUUUAGGAGCGACGCGGCGCGACAGCAGAGCGGCCAGUUCAUCACUAAAUUCAUGUACCAAGGUGAUAAUGGUUUGUUGGUGUGUCGCCUGGAAAACACUGCUCUGGCCACGGAGAAGGAGUCCAGACUGCUGCUGUACCACGAUGUGGACUCGGACCUGGACAACCUCAGCUGCACGGAGCGGCUCGCCAGAGCCUACCUCUCCAUUCCUCUCGGUCAAGAAGAGCACAACCAGACAAUGCCUCGCCAGUCCUCCCCGACAGCCUGGCGGGCCCUGUACGCGGAUAGAUACACGUGUCAGGAGAGUGCAGUGAUCCCGUCUCACGCUGAUCUCAGCUUCACCGUCCUGCUGUUCAAUGCAGACUCGGCUGGAAAUCCUCUGGAGCACUUCAGUGCAGAGGAGGCAGGUCUCCACAGUUUCUACUUCCUGCUGCUGCUGGCCUACUUCAUCGCCUGCUGCAUCUACAUCCAGCCUCUGCACCAGGCCCUGAGGAAAGGAGGCCCCAUGCACACCGUCUUCAAAGUGCUCACCACAGCGCUGGCGCUGCAGGGCUGCUCUGCACUCUGCAACUACAUCCACUUGUCCAGGUAUUCUCGAGACGGUGUCGGUAUUCCUCUGGUGGGCAGCCUGGCAGAGUUCUGGGAUAUGGUGUCCCAGGUGUCCAUGCUGUACAUGAUACUGAGCCUGUGUGUGGGCUGGACUCUGAGUCGAGGCAGGAAGCCCCAGGCCAGACCUCUGCAGUGGGAACACUCUCCAGCCUCCACGGCCGUCGCUGUCGGCGGCGUCGUUACGCAGGGAGCGCUGCUGCUGUGGGAGCAAUACUCUGAGUCAGGCGGUGAACAUCACAGCUAUCACGCCCAGCGAAGUUUGGCAGGUGUCCUCCUCAUGGCUCUCAGAGUCUUCCUGGCCCUGCUGCUGGCCUCCGUCCUCUACCAGAUCAUCGCCACCGAAAGGAGCACACUUAAGAGAGACUUCUACCUCACCUUCGCCAAGGGUUGCUUCCUGUGGUUCCUCUCUCACCCGGUCCUCGUCCUCAUGUCCGUUAUCUUCAACGAGCACCAGAGGGGGAAGGUGGUGACUAUCGGUGUGAUCCUGUGCCAGUCCAUCUCCAUGGUGAUCCUCUACCAGCUCUUCCUCUCUCGCUCUCUCUACUGGGAGGUCUCCUCUCUCUCCUCGGUGUCUCUGCCGCUUACCAUGUCCAGGGCGAGCCAGAGGGGGCGCUACUGAGCACAUCCGCUGUUGCGCUUUUUUUCGGGGGAGAACACGCUAUGACACAGAGGCUUCUCCUCCCUGCACCCCCCACCCUGCCGGAGGAGGGAGUAAGAAGACGAGGAGCGCUGCUCCUUCGCUGUUCACGGCUUCCUGCGAGAAUAACCGUGGACACUAGCAAGUAAGUUCGCAGGAAACAAUAGCACGGGUCAGAGAAUGAGCAGAUGAUGAUACUGACAGCAACACCCUACCUCUAAGUGACAGAUGAUUUCUGACAGUGCUGGGAAGGAGGCAAAGGUUUUACUAGACCACUCCGAUGAAGAGGCAUGAGGCUUUCAACUGGUGUCUCGUGCUCUCCGCUACAUUCUGGAUGUCUCAACCUGACAGCUGACGUACAACUUCAAAGGACAGGAACAAGAGGACUGAGGAGGAUGGAUCGCCAGCGUCACCAUUUUGAGGAUGCGUCUGCUGGUGAGGUAGAAGUCAACAAUGGAGGAUCUACACGUGAGCGUGCAGAAGGAAACGACGGUUGUUUGGAGCUGAGAACCUGCACUUUUUGAAAUGAUAUAAACUGUGUAGCUGGAGACGCACUGCAUGACUUAUCCUAUUAUAUAUGUUCUCAUGUGAAAGAAGCAGAUCAGGUUAAUUCAUAUUCUUCCCCUGAGUUAUGAUGAUACACUUGAAUAUGAGCCUUUGCGGUUGGUUUGUUCAUCACAAAAUGUGCAAUCUGAUCCAUCUUUGUUUUCUGGUUUGCAUCGCAAACGUAUGUGUUCUGUGCUAAAUGUACCCUUCAUAUGGGUGAAGGAGAACGCAUACUCUAUAAUUUUUAUUUUAUCCCACAAUGACAAUCUCGUUAUACUUUGACAACAGCAAAAUAUGAAGCCUCUGGUUGUACUGUGUGAAUAUUAUAUCAUGAAUUUUAUUUGAAAGAAAACAGAAGUGUACAGUCACCCUUCUUCUUGAGUUUCCAUAUAUUACAAGUAUUUAUUAUCUGUAACCUGGGGAAAUAUGAACACUGUGAUCAUGACAGCUGUAACAAGGUAAUUGUAAGGUAAUAAAACACAUACCAAAGCAAAGUAAAUGGAUCUGAACCUAAAAUAUCGCAGUCAUUGGGACAUUUACUUUUAAGGAUUUUUGAUGCAGAUCACUGUGACCGUGGCACACAUUUAAACUCCCUGUCGAAAGCACCCUAGUACUGUAGAUUCUGAUCCAUCCAUCAGGAGGCGUCUGGUUGGAAUCAUAUCCUGCUUAUUUUUGCAGCAUGACGAUGAGGCCAGAUGAUCUGGUCCCUGAUGUCGACAUCAUGGAGUCCGUCUGGGAGUCACGAGAAGAGACAGAACAACCGAGAGGAGAGCCCAUGCUGUUUAAAAGAAACGGAUGGGCACACCAAAUGAUUUUUAUGAAGUUCAUUAAAAAUCAAACAAUAUUAAUGGCAUUAUUUUUUAAUGUGUCUAAAACACUGUAAAGUUCCAUUCCGUUGGUUGAUAAAAAAAAAAGAAGAAGCUGCCUUGCAAUCUGCCCGGCAACUCAAAUUCAAGCUCGUCCUGAGAUCAGCAACUCAAUCCGGGUCCAAACGAAUCCUGCCGAUUCCAAACCUUGUAUCUACCGGCGACGCUAAAAGAAAAUGGAACAUCGUCACGAACAGGAUUCGAACCUGUGCGGGGAAACCCCAUUGGAUUUCGAGUCCAACGCCUUAACCUCUCGGCCA